AUGACUGCACAAUCGGAAUACAGAGGAAAAUACUUACAAGAUCACUUUAAAAUAAUUUCAUCUCCUUCCGAUGGCAAUUGUUUGUUUCAUUCUAUCGCCACUGGACUAAAUCAAAAUUCAUCAUCAUCAAACAAAUCAUCGUCAAAUCAUCUUCAAGUGAGAAAAGAAAUUGUGAAUUGGAUUAAAAACAAUUUAGAAACAAAAGUUGAUGGAUUGGAAUUUAAAUUGGCAAUUUUCUUGAAUGAAGGUGAAACCGUCUCCGAUUACUUGAAAGCUUUAGAAAAAGAAGGAUCCUACGGAGAUUUUUGUAAUAUUGUGGCCAUGUCACGAGUGAGACCUGGAACGCAAUUUAAAAUUUUCUUGGUGGAGGGUAGUAGUAGUAGCGGAAAGAAGAUUAUUAAGGCUGAAAUUGAAGUCAACCCAGAAGAUGGUGUUGCAGUAACUAGUGACAUUUGUUUGGCCUAUGAUGAACAAAAGCAGCAUUAUGAUUUACUCAUUCCUACUCAUUGA